ACCAUCUACACAACGUGAUUUCUUGCCAUCAUGCAUCGGGUCUUCCUUCGUAGGGCCCCGUGGGCUCGCUUUGACGGCCUUGCUGCCUCGUCCAGAAUCUCCCUCCCCCGCUCCGCUGGCCGGUCCCUGGUCUCCACAGCCCAUCGGACGCAGUUGGAACGACCGGCGAACCCCUCGACGCAUGCGACCCGAGUAAAGGAGGAGAAUGCGGCGGGAGAAUCGGAAGCUCCGUCGACGCAUAUCCCGUGGUAUCUGCAGGAAGAAGGACUCCCGUUGGAACCGGAACAGGUCGCGUCCCGCGAUAAGCUCCCGGAGCUGCCGGAGGACCCGCCCCAGAUCCUCCCGGUGCUGCUGGAUUAUACCUUCAAGGAUCUCGGUCUGGAUGAAUUGAAGCUCUUUGAUCUACGGGGCCUGGAGACCCCCGCGGCGCUGGGGGCGAAUGUCAUCAUGGUGAUUGGCACCGCCCGUAGCGUCAAGCACCUGAACGUGUCGGCGGAUCGACUGUGUCGCUGGCUGCGAACUAACUACAAGCUCACCCCGUACGCGGACGGUCUGUUGGGUCGGAAUGAGCUCAAGAUCAAGCUCCGCCGCAAAGCCCGUCGCGCCCGGGUGGCCACCCGGUCGGGAGCCACGUUCGACGAGAAAGACGACGGGAUCACCACGGGAUGGAUCUGUGUCAACGCCGGGGUGGUCGAGAAGGCCCCCGCCCCGGAGACCCCAGACCCCAACUUCGAGGGGUUUGGCAGCGUCGCAGCGGGCACUCGAGUGGUGGUCCAGAUCUUUACGGAGGAAAAGAGAGCCGAGACCGAUUUGGACGGUCUGUGGCAGUCCACGCUGGACCGGGCCGAGCGCCAACAAUUGCGAGCCUCUCAGGAACAGCCUGAUGCACCGUCCCCAAAUGUUCGUUCUCGUGCUUUCCAUCCGACACAGCCGUUGUCCUCUGACUGUGAAAAUUUUUCCAUUCCCAGGUCGCCGGUAAAUCUUCCCUUUGAACAAAUCCGACGGAUCCACAGCAGUCGCAGCAUCCGGUCCCUUCACCAGGACCCAACCGUUGGCCAUGUCCCGCCCAAAAUGCCGGUGAACGCGGGAAUGGCGGGGGCCAGGGCCACAGCAGGCAUGUCGGCCGAGUCGUUGCUGGGUCAUCUGUCCCGGUUACCUGACGAGAAGGCUCUAUGGGAAUUGGGCGAUGGCCCGGCGGAUCGGAGCUCAACCCUGUUUCUGCAGCUGUUCCACGGUCAAUUGGCGAAACGCUCCGAGGAAGAGGCCGCCCUCGCCCGGAUGGAGCUGUCCUGCAUCGCCAUCGCCAGGAGACACCCCGCUUAUAGCAAGGAGAGCCUCUGCGACGCGUUCAAGGAGUGCAGCGCCGUGGGCUAUCGGGUGUCCGACAAUCUGGGCCUCCAGGUGGCCUCGGCGUUGCUGACUUCGCGGCCUACCGCCGAUGCCGCAGCCGAGUCUCCAGGGUGGUUGCCUCUCGUCGACCGGGAGCUGGCCCUCGUCGUUUUCAACCAUCUCAGUCUUCGUGGGACGGAUCUCCUCAAUCUAAACAUUCUCAACCCGCUGUACCACGCCGCCACCUUACCCGCCCACGAAUCCCUCGAUCCGCACCACGGAGACCCCACCCUCGGCAGCCAAAUUCUCUCUUGGCUGGCCGGCGCCAUCGAUCGUCCCUUCCACCCCGACGAGGCCCGCCCCUUCAUGGCCACCCUGUUCCGCAACGGCGACUUUGACCGGUUCUGGACGCUGUGGCGCCGAACCGCUCUCCAGGGCCGCCCACACCCGCCGGCCGAUUACGCGAUGCUGUUCCAGCUGCACGCGGACCUCGGGGACGUGCGGCGUGCGCGCGACGUCGUCACCACGUGGGCGCCCAUGAUGGGCCGGGAAACGCCGCCCGUGCCGGUGCAGGGGCCUGUGGCGGAGCACCUCGUGCGCUGUAUCCUCCUGGUGGACCCAGCGAUUCGUGACCGCGAAGCCGAGGGUGUCAGGGGGGGAUUUGUGCCUCUGUGGGCCGCAUGCCGGGAGGGGUUGUCUCGCUAGUCUGUUGUGGGUUGCGCUGUCUGGGUUUUUCAAAUUGAUGGGGGUUUGUAUGUAUAUGGCGUUUUGGUAUUAUCGGUGUGGUGUAUCGUGAUUAAUUUUGUUCCAUUGAUUGAUAUCCUCAACAUCGUGUACAUUCUAUCGUGACAAGGC